AUGGCUGAUAAAUCACCUUCCCAAUCUAUUGUAAAUUCUCCCAACGACGAUCGCCCUAUUGGCGUAGAUAAUACUACCAAUAAUAAUGAUCAUAUCGAUCACCAUAGCCAAUUGACUAACGGCGAAAAUUCUCCUCAAGAUAACAUGGCUGAGGGUGUGGAUAAGGAAGUUCAAUCGGUUCAGUCGGCAAUGCAGCUAUUAGAUGAGAUUAGUCAAGAUCAUUCCGAUGUAGAAGAAAGCAACACAUUGCAAGAUCAACCUCAGACUAACCAAUCGCAUCAAGAUUUACAAAAUGGAUCACAAGAUCAUGAUGGAACGUUGAAAAAAGAAGAAAACCAGCCUAUUUAUGAUGAUGAUCAAAUCAAUUUGGAUCAAGCCAGUCAAUUGAGGGCGGAAGAGAGAGAAGAAUUAUUCCAAAAAGGCACAAGGUUCAAGGAUAAAGGAAACAGCGAUCUUGCUCUUAGAUGUUUCAUGGCAUGUUUGAAAGGCAUCAAUAACAAUAAUGCGUUUUCUUUACUUCCGCAAUGCUUACAUAGCAUUGCUACUAUUUACUUUGAGCGAGAAAAUUUUGAUAAAGCUGUGCAAUUUAUACAAGCAGAAAAGUUGUAUUACGAAACUGCUCUAAUCAUGGAUGUCAGUAAUCAGGAAGUUACAGUCAAAAAUGAUGAAGGAGCCAACACACUAAAAGAACUUUUAGAAUUGCAGGAGAAUGAAGAUGAUGAACAUAAAACCAAUCCUUUAGCUGCAAGGGCUGUAGAAUUUACUACGUUAGCGUCCAUGUGUUUGCAAAAUAACAAUCCCCAUCUAGCCCUUGAAUAUUGCGGCAAGGCAACUAAGAUUCGACAAUCAAUUUACGGAGAAUCUCAUGACAUAACUAAGAAAACGCUGGAAUAUUUUACAUGCAUCUAUGCAAGCGUAGGGAAAAAGCAAUAUUCUGAUGCCCUGUCCAAAUAUAAAGAAGCCAAAGAUAAAAAAGAACCCGAAGAUGAUGAAGCUACUGCAGGUGGCAAUCGAUUAAGGAAACGAAGUGCUAAGCAUCAGAAACAAGAAACUGACGAUACACUUGAGAAUGAAUUAAAAGAUGAUGAAUACGAAGAUGACCGAGGACCUUCGUGUUUCUUGAUUAUGGCUGUUAUACUGAUCAUAUUGGUGCUGGCAAUCCUCGUUGUGGCCGUAUGGUGUAACGUAACUCAAUCACUAACCUGUCCAUCGCAUAAUCAUAUCUGGACCAGAGUAAAGAAAACCUUUUCGUUAACUCGCAGACAAAUGAUAAGAAAGGACAUGUCUCAUGUCAUUAAGAUAUUUAUGGAAUUUUUGUGGUUUCAUGCUAACUAA